AUGUCUACUUGUGAUAUCGACCCUGCCUUGGUUGAAAAGAUUAAGCAGUUCCGUUUUGCAAAGUACUCGAGCGGCAAUGCAGCAUUCGUUUUGCAAAUCGAUCGCAAAGAGCUCCAGAUUGUGGAAGAUGAGGUGUACGAUAAUAUCUCUAUAGAAGACUUGGUCGAAGAGCUUCCCGAAAAUAGCCCACGCUUUAUCAUUCUCAGUUACGAGUUACAACAUACCGAUGGUCGAAAGAACUUUCCACUUGUCUUCAUUUACUGGUCACCCUCCACGGCCAAGACCGAGAUUAGCAUGCUGUAUGCUUCUGCCAAGACUUUUCUCCAAGAUGCCAUUGACGUCCACCGGGGUAUUGAUAUUCGAGAACCUGAAUCGCUUACGGCCGAGUAUCUCGAUAGCCAGCUAAAGCACGUGUAA